CCACCCAUCCACCCAUCUAUCUACCCAUCUACCCAUCCACCCACUCACUCAUCUACCCAUCCACAAACCUAUCCACCCAUCCAUCUACCCAUCCAUCCAUGCCUCCAUCCACUCAUCCAUCCAUCCACCCAUCCACCCAUCCAUCCAUCCACCCUCUGAUCUAUCCAUCCAUCCAUCUACAUUACCACCUAUCCAUCCAUCCGCCCAUCCAUCCAUCCAUCCAUCCACCCAUCCACCCAUCCAUCCACCCAUUCACCUAUCCAUCCACCCAUCCACCUACCCAUCCACCCAUCCACAAACCUAUCCACCCAUCCAUCUAUCCAUCCAUCCAUCCACCCAUCCACCCAUCCAUUCACCCCUCCACCCACCCAUCCACCCAUCCACCUAUCCAUCCACCCAUCCACCCACCCAUCCACCCAUCCACCCAUUCACCCACCCGUCCACCCAUCCACCAUCCAUCCACUAUCCACCCAU